AUGGCGCAGCAACAGCAAAUUAUUUCAACAGCUCCAAUAAGGAAUAUCAACCGAGUUCAGUUUGGAAUUCUUAGUCCGGAUGAAAUUAAACGAAUGUCUGUGACACCAGGCGGAAUUCGAUACGCUGAAACAUAUGAAGCAGGCAAACCGAAAUUAUGUGGUUUAUUAGAUCCAAGACAAGGACCAGUUGAUCGUAGCUCAAGAUGCCAGACUUGCGCGGGUACCGUUAAUGAGUGCCCUGGUCACUUCGGGCAUAUUGAACUAGCCAGGCCCGUAUUUCAUAUUGGUUUCUUGGUCAAAUCAAUCAAGAUACUUCGUUGUGUAUGCUUUUACUGCUCUAAGCUACUCAUAAAAAAGUCUGAUCCAAAGGUCAUCGAUAUAAUAUCUAAGACACGGGGCAGACUAAGAGUAAGAUUGCAACAUAUAUAUGAUCUAUGUAAAAGCAAGAAUAUCUGCCAAAAUGAUGAUGGCGAAGAUGCAGAAGGCUUAGAUGAGAAAAAGGAACAUAGUGGAUGUGGACGCCAUCAACCUAUCAUUAGGCGCAAUGGAUUAGAAUUAACUGCUGAAUGGAAAAAAAUAAAUGAAGAUUCUCAAGAGAGAAAAAUCAAUCUAACAGCUGAACGUGUCUAUGAAAUAUUCAAACGUAUAUCUGAUGAAGAUUCUGAAGUACUUGGAAUGGAUCCACGAUUUGCUCGACCCGAUUGGAUGAUUAUCACAUGUUUGCCAGUUCCUCCUCUACAUGUUAGACCAUCUGUAGUGAUGCAUGGCUCUGCAAGAAGCCAGGAUGAUUUAACGCAUAAACUGGCAGAUAUAAUCAAGGCGAAUAACAACCUGCAACGGAACGAAAGCUGUGGCGCUCCGGCUCAUGUUAUUACGGAAGAUACUAGAAUGCUGCAAUUCCAUGUUACUACGUUAACUGACAAUGAAGUCCCUGGAAUGCCUAAGGCAAUGCAAAAAUCUGGGAGACCGUUGAAAUCAAUUAAGCAAAGGUUAAAAGGUAAAGAGGGUCGUAUUCGUGGUAAUUUGAUGGGAAAACGUGUAGAUUUUUCUGCCCGUACUGUCAUCACGCCGGAUUCAAAUCUUGAGAUUGAUCAAGUUGGGGUUCCUCGAUCUAUUGCUCAAACACUCUCAUAUCCUGAGAUAGUAACUCCUCUAAACAUUGAUAGGAUGUAUGUAUUAGUAAGACGAGGACCGGAUCACUAUCCCGGCGCCAAAUAUGUUAUUCGAGAGUCGGGAGAACGGAUAAAUUUAAAAUUUCGUGCUUCCCGCGAUGACUUAACGUUACACUUUGGCGAUAAGGUCGAAAGGCAUAUUCAAAACGACGAUAUUAUCGUAUUUAAUCGUCAACCUACACUACAUAAGAUGUCUAUGAUGGGUCAUCGAGUGAGAAUAUUGCCAUGGUCAACAUUUAGAUUGAAUCUUAGUGUUACCACACCUUAUAAUGCUGAUUUCGAUGGAGAUGAAAUGAAUUUGCAUGUACCCCAGUCGUUGGAAUCUCGAGCGGAAAUAACAGAGAUUUGCAUGGUACCUCGGCAAAUAGUGACGCCACAAUCAAAUAAACCCGUUAUGGGUAUUGUGCAAGAUUCGCUAACGGCAGUACGCAAGUUUACCAUGCGAGAUGUCUUCUUAGAAAAAGAAGUGGUGAUGAAUUUAUUGAUGUGGCUCCCGAAUUGGAAUGGGAAGAUGCCACAACCUGCUAUUCUUAGACCGAAAGAGUUAUGGACAGGCAAACAGAUAUUCAGCUUAAUUAUACCAGGAAAUGUUAACUUAAUCAGAACACAUUCCACUCAUCCAGAUGACGAAGACAAAGGUCCAUAUAAAUUUAUUUCUCCGGGUGAUACUAAGGUUCUAAUUGAACACGGGGAAGUUAUUUCUGGUAUUUUAUGCAAAAGGACACUUGGUACAUCCUCUGGGAGUUUAGUCCAUGUCAUUUUUAAUGAAUUGGGACAUGAAGUUGCCCGACAGUUUUAUGGCAAUAUUCAGACCGUAGUCAAUAACUGGUUAUUGAUUGAAGGUCACAGUAUUGGUAUAGGAGACUCAAUUGCAGAUGAAGCUACUUAUCAGGAUAUUCAAAGCACUAUACUUAAAGCCAAACAAGAUGUAGUUGAAGUUAUAGAAAAAGCCCAUAACGAUGAGCUUGAACCUACACCUGGGAAUACUUUAAGAAAAACUUUUGAAAAUCAGGUAAAUCGUAUUCUUAACGAUGCUCGAGAUAAAACUGGAAGUAGUGCCCAGAAAAGUUUAUCCAAUUUUAAUAAUUUUAAAGCUAUGGUUGUUGCCGGAUCUAAAGGAUCCAAGAUUAACAUUUCUCAGGUUAUUGCUGUAGUCGGACAACAGAAUGUGGAAGGCAAGCGAAUUCCGUUCGGGUUCCGCCAUAGAACUUUGCCCCAUUUUAUUCAGGACGAUUAUGGUCCAGAAAGUCGCGGAUUCGUGGAAAAUUCAUAUUUAGCUGGUUUAACACCAACUGAAUUUUUCUUUCAUGCAAUGGGUGGUCGUGAAGGUUUGAUUGAUACAGCAGUUAAAACUGCUGAAACUGGUUACAUCCAAAGACGCUUGAUUAAAGCUAUGGAAGGAGUGAUGGUGCAUUACGAUGGAACUGUACGUAAUGCUAACAUGCAAUUGAUCCAGCUAUGUUAUGGAGAAGAUGGAUUGGACGGAAGUGCAAUUGAAUUUCAAGAUAUGCCGAGUUUGAAGCUAUCGCACACUGGUUUUCAGAGACGUUUCCGUUUUGAUAUUCAAAACGAAAAGCGCCUUAAGCAAUACUUACAUGGUAAUAUUGUAAGAUCAAUAAUCACGGAUGCCGAAGUUAAAGAAAAAUUACAAUCUGAAUUUGAGCAACUAAGCAAAGACAGAAAUGCAGUUCGAAGCAUUCUCCAAAAUGGCGAUAGCAGAGUUGCUCUGCCAGUAAAUUUAAACCGUCUAAUUUGGAAUGCACAGAAGAUUUUCCACGUCGAUCCUCGUAAAUCGAGUGAUCUCCAUCCAAUGAAAGUUAUUGAUGAUGUUUGUGAAUUGUCAAGGAAAUUAGUAAUAGUCCACGGGGAGGACAGGAUAAGUAAACAAGCUCAAGAAAAUGCUACGUUACUGUUUAAUAUUUUGCUACGAUCUGUAUUGUCCUCAAAACGUGUAACAGAAGAGUAUCAUUUGACCUCUGAAGCGUUUGAUUGGCUAAUAGGGGAAGUACAACCUGGUGAAAUGGUUGGCCCUCUAGCAGCUCAAUCCCUUGGUGAACCGGCAACGCAAAUGACACUAAAUACAUUUCAUUAUGCUGGGGUAUCGGCUAAAAAUGUAACACUCGGUGUUCCUAGACUAAAGGAGAUAAUAAAUGUUUCCAAGAAACCGAAAACUCCAUCUUUGACUGUCAUACUUACAGGACCUGCUGCUAGGGAUGCUGAGAAAGCAAAGGAUGUUCUUUGUCGUUUAGAGCAUACGACAUUACGUAAAGUUACAGCAAAUACUGCAAUCUAUUAUGAUCCAAAUCCCAAAAAUACCGUUAUCAGUGAAGAUCAAGAGUUUGUCAACGCUUACUAUGAAAUGCCUGAUUUUGAGCCAUCGCAGUUAUCGCCGUGGUUGCUACGUAUAGAAUUAGAUCGAAAGAGAAUGACUGACAAAAAACUAACUAUGGAACAAAUAGCGGAAAAAAUCAAUGCCGGAUUUGGAGAGGAUUUAAACUGUAUCUUUAACGAUGAUAAUGCCGAAAAGCUUAUUUUACGAAUAAGGAUUGUCAACAAUGACAAUAAAGAGGGUGUUGAUAGAGAUGAACAAUGGGAUAGAAUGGAUGAUGAUGUAUUUUUACGAUGUAUAGAAUCUAAUAUGUUGAGCGACAUGACUUUACAGGGAAUAGAGCAAAUAUCUAAGGUAUACAUGCAUCUACCCCUUCAAGACAGUAAAAAACGAAUGAUAAUCAACGAGGAAGGAGAGUACAAAGCUAUUCAGGAGUGGAUUUUAGAAACUGAUGGUGUUAAUUUGCAAAAGGUAUUAAGUGUGAAAGACGUUGAUGCUGUCAAAAGUACUUCUAAUGAUAUUGUCGAGAUUUUUUCUGUUCUUGGAAUUGAAGCAGUUCGUAAGGCGGUUGAAAAAGAAAUGAAUCACGUUAUUUCCUUUGAUGGAUCUUACGUCAAUUAUCGUCAUUUAGCUCUGUUGUGUGAUGUCAUGACAUGUAGAGGCCAUUUGAUGGCUAUUACAAGACACGGUAUAAAUCGUCAAGAAGUUGGUGCUCUUAUGAGGUGUAGUUUCGAAGAAACUGUAGAUAUAUUGAUGGAUGCAGCAUUCCAUUCUGAGACAGAUUAUUUGCGUGGUGUGAGUGAAAAUAUAAUGUUAGGUCAACUAUCCAAAAUUGGUACUGGAUGUUUUGAUUUGCUGUUAGAUCCAGAAAAAUGUAAAGAUGGUAUGGAAAUACCAGCCAAUGUUCCAGUUGCCGGUAUGAUUAAUGGGGUUGGUGCUGGAGUUUUUUAUGGUGAUGGCGCUGGAAUGUCGCCGCAAAUGACGCCUUGGGAUUCUAGUCUGACCACUCCAAGUUACGAAGGUCCGUAUACUCCUGGUAUGGGAGGCGGUAUGACUCCAGGAGCGGCUGGAUUUUCUCCAUCUGGAGCUUCAGAGCCAAGUUUCAGUCCCGCUAGUUACAGUCCUAAUUGGAGUCCAGGUCCAGCGGCUUCACCUGGCUCUCCAGGACCUAGUAGCCCAUACAUGCAAAGUCCAACCGACAUCACCUUCUAUGUCGCCUUCCAGUCCAUCAUACUCACCGUCGAGUCCAAGCUACUCACCGACUUCUCCAAGUAUUCUCCGACAUCGCCAAGUUAUUCUCCAACUUCUCCAAGGUAUUCUCCAACAUCGCCAAGUUAUUCACCAACUUCGCCAAGAUAUUCACCAACUUCGCCAAGCUAUUCUCCAACAUCACCGCGGUAUUCCCCAACAUCACCUAGUUAUUCUCCAACAUCUCCGAGUUAUUCUCCAACUUCACCGAGAUAUUCACCGACGUCACCAAGUUAUUCACCUACUUCGCCAAGUUACUCUCCGACAUCGCCUAAGUACUCGCCGACAUCACCGAGGUAUUCUCCAACUUCUCCGAGUUACUCUCCGACGUCUCCAUCUUACUCUCCGACUUCACCUUCUUAUUCACCAACGUCGCCAUCAUACUCUCCUACGUCACCGUCGUAUUCUCCGACAUCUCCGAGGUACUCUCCAACUUCUCCGUCGUAUUCUCCAACAUCUCCCCGGUAUUCACCAACGUCACCGUCGUAUUCACCAACAUCUCCUCGGUAUUCACCAACGUCUCCAUCGUAUUCACCAACCUCUCCUUCUUAUUCUCCAACUUCUCCUUCUUAUUCUCCAACAUCACCUGAUUACAGUCCUAAUUAA